CAACCAUCUCACGACUAGAGCUCAGCUUUGCAUUCAUCACGAAGGGCUGGGAAAAUUUAGAGGGAUGCCUUCCAAGCUCAACAAGGGCAAAUCCGUCGAUCCGGGAGAGCGUACUAGGCUCUUGCCUCCCGAAGCACCCACACGUUCGAUCCCCACGCAACCACUUACAACCCAGCUCACACGUCAUCCAGACUCGAGUGUGGUCAUUGAGCCACAGCCCAUCGAUCAUGCCGCAUCGCGUCGAACGAACCGCCUCAUCACGUCCCUGAUCGUCAUCUGCUCGAUCCUUCUCGGCGCGAUCCUCUUUCUGGGAUUGCUCUUGUCGUCCUACAUACCAUCUUCAAAGGAGAGGGAUUCUCUUCCAGAUGCGGUCGUCUGCAACGGACCGACGGAUAUCAAUAUCCUCAACAUCACAUCCUCCGGCAUCUGGCUCGAGGUGGAGGGUUACGCCGGUGUCGACGUCGACCGUAUCUUGGGUAUCGACAGGGAUCGAGUUUCAGGCGAAGAGAGAGGCGGAGGAGCAGGCUGGUGGGAAAGGUUGAGGGCCGAGUUCGGGCGGCUCGCUAUCGAUCUCGUCGGACCUGUCGAGGUCGGAUCGGUACAAGGUCUUCAGAUAUGGUCUUCUUCGGCCUCGCCUGACCCCCUGGUCUCCGCUAGACUUCCCAGCAUCAUCCCGAUACCCCUCGCCACUCACGUCAACUCGUCCGAAACCGAUUCGGCCGUCUGGGCGAUACCGCCUUGGCUGACAGCUAUCCGCAUUCCGGUACACGUCCGACCCGAGACGUCCACUUCGACGUUGUUAGGUCUCGCUAAAAAGGCCUGGAAGGAAGGAUCGAUCGAUGUGGAGGUUCGUCUCGAGAGCGUGACCGUUAGGAGUCGACACCGCAAAGGCUGGCGAAAAUACGUCGAGCAUACCGAGCGCGAUAUCAAGGUGCCUCUGACGCUAAAUACGCCCAAUUUGCCUGGCAUCCCGAGUGGAGAGACAGACCUGGCGAAAUUGGUACGGCUAGAAUCUUACAGCAUCAGUACUGCACACGAGAACGCUACCUCGAGCGGUUCCCAUCUGCAAAUUAUGGCGAGAGCUAGCGCUCCUAAUCCGGUACCGGCCAUGCGAUUCGAGUUGCCGUACACUUUCGGGUUUGGGAUCUUCCUACCAGUACCGGCGGAAGAGGAUGGCGAAUCACACAACGCCCUGUCCGCCAAGCGAGCGAAAAUGGCGGAAGUGGUGACGGAUCCGAUCACCCUGCAUGGACAACAGCGAAUAGACGUGCUCAUUCAGGGUUACGUCCAGUCGGACCAGAUCAUUGACUCUGACAAAGCUGAGCCCAAAUCGGAUCCAGCAUUAUCCCUGUUUCUGCGCAACUAUCUUCAUGGUCUGGACAACCCUGUCGUCGUCCAAGGGCUCCCGUACCUCCCCUGGAACGGUACUGUACUUGAUCAUGGACUGCCUCCUGCACCAACAUGGAUCCUGGACAUCGUACGAUCUCUCCAGCUGGAAGUCGCGUUUCCAGGACCUCGACCUCCACCGAAGCUGAUUAAAUCGGUCACCAUCGAAGGCAUGCGCAUCAGCGAAUCUCGAGGUCAAAUGAGGGCUAGCGGUUUAGUCGUUGCCCAAAUUCAGCUCCCGGCACAACUACGCAACAUAGAAGUGGAUGUCACGGGUGUUCUACCCGACGUCCUCGUCUUUGACGGAUAUCCACCUGACGACGGGGACGUCGAUCCAGACGAAUUGCCUUACCCCAUCAGGGCUUUUGGACGUAUACAUCCAGAUGAAUACCUGCCAGCUAGCAGCCGGCCUUCGCCGGAAGGGGACGAGUUGUUGAUCGUCGAAGCACCCAUCCAUGACGUCCCUGUUCAGGUGCUUCCCGGUCGGGACAAGGUCAUGUCUGACUUUGUUAGCAAGAUCAUCUUCAAGGGAGGCGCGUUGGCGGGUAUCAAAGGCCGAGCGGGCGUCAGCGUUGUUGUCCCGGGCAUGUCUUCGGAACUGCAGGUUACGAAGAUCCCUGUGAGCGGAGAAUUUCAGGUGGGGAAACCCCGAUUAGGUUUGUGAGCAGUGUUGCCCAAGCGGGUUGAUUACGUUGUAUAGUGUCGAACAGUUGUUAGAACGAAUUUGUAUAGGAUG